GGAAGCUCCUGAGCUGGCCUUCAGCCUCCUCCCGUCGGGGCCUGGGGUCUGUAGAUGGGGAUCUCAUCCCAGCUCUUCUGGGUCGCCUGGUGCCAGUUGGCUGGAACCUAGUUCAGGCUUCACAGGUACAUGGUUCCUGUCCAGGAAGUAGGGCACAGCCAGGAGACUGAGGCUGGCAAGAGACCCAGGCUAGGUUCUCGAUCAGUACUCAUGGCUGCUAACGUCUCGGACUGGCUUUGAGGCUCACAGCCAAGGUAGACUUCAGACUUCGAUACCUUGAAGAUCCUUACUGAAAGAGACUGGCAAGUGUCUGGGGGAGAGUUGGGGGGAGGGGGACGGGAUAGUUUCCUUCUCUCCCUGUGACAGGCAGAACUGGGAGAUAUUAGCCUGUGGGAGGGAGGGUGGUGGGCAAGCAAGUUUCCUCACUCAGAAACUGCCUCUCCUGCCGCCAAGUGCUGAGAUUAAUCUCCCAUGCGGCAAUGAAAGGGAGGAAAGAGUGGGUCAGAUACCAUAGAUAAGCCAAAGUGGCAGGCAGUUGAGCCAUUGGUUACAAGCAGUAGGGUGACAAGGACAGGCAAGCAAUCAUUUAACAGAAAAUGCUUAGGCUGGUAGCCAGACCUGUCAGGGCAGACAGGUCAUCCUGACAGGCCUGGAGCAGCCAAGAGCCACCUAAAGCUGCCGUGCCUCCAAGUCAGAGGGUCCUGCGGUUUGGCAGAGGCAAAAUGGGAGCAAUGUCUGACUGGCAGGUCGUCGGCAGGCACAUGUGAUCAGAUCCAGGGUGUAAGGGACUCAAUCUGUAGGGACUGAGUCAGGGGCAGCUUCAGGGAGCUGUGCAGAUGUUUACAGACCUACCCUGGGGGCUUUGGGUGGCUGCAUAGUAUCACAGGACCCCAGAUGGUCCAUCUCCAAAAGCUAUCUAGACUCUCCAGGACCUGGCCUCCGGAGGCCUUGUGUGGUUUGAAUGGCAGCUUCCCAGCUGGCCGCGCUGGAAGGAGAGGAGUUGGGGGCUGGCGAGCCAACCCUGACGACGAAGGCCAGCCCUGCCGUCUUGUACUCUGAGGGCCAGCGGCUGGCCCUCGAAGCCCUGCUGAGCAGUGGCGAGGAGACUUUCUGGGCCUUCGUGCAGCAGGAGAGGCUGCCCCCCUUUCUGAGUGCAGAUGAGGCUAAGGCCCUGGCUACGGCUGCUGAAGACUGGCUAGUACCAAGCCAGGAGCCGGGUGCAGCAGGCACGGGAACAGCCAUCACCGAUGGGGACACGGGCAGCCUGACCUACUGGCCGAGGCAAUCUGAGGAGCCAACACCCCUGCUGCGGCUGGGCUGGCCUGAAGACACUGCCUGGAAGGGGAUCACCAGGGCGCAACUCUACACCCAGCCACCAGGCGAGGGCCAACCACCCAUUAAAGAGUUGGUACACCAGGAAAUCCAGGCUGCUCAAAAGCUGGUGGCUGUAGUUAUGGAUGUCUUCACCGACCCCGACCUGCUCAGAGACAUGGUGGAUGCUGCUACACGCCGAUGGAUUCCUGUCUACUUACUGCUUGACCACCAGCAUCUGCCCGCCUUCCUGGCGCUAGCCCAGCAGUUAGGGGUGAACCUGUGGACCACUGAGAACCUGGAUAUCCGGACCGUGCAGGGCCACACCUUCCAGAGCCGCAGGCGACGGCAGGUGAGCGGCCAUGUGCGGGAGAAGUUCCUGCUGCUGGACGGUGACAGGGUCAUCUCGGGAUCCUACAGCUUCACGUGGAGUGACUCACGCCUGCACCGGAGCCUGGUGACCUUGCUCACAGGAGAGAUUGCAGAUGCCUUCAGCCAGGAGUUCCGUGUCCUGUACGCGGCCUCCAGGCCGCUCCCCGCAGCUCCAGCUCGAAGCCCCUUGUUCAGUCCUCCUGAGGGUCCGCAGCUGCCCCGAAGCCCACACCGCGUGGCCCUGCGCUGUCCUGUGGCUCCCGUGGCCCCAUGGCUGUCUGAUGGGCCUUUGGCUCAACGCCUAGCUGCCUGUCACAUCCUCGAGCAGGACAGACGGGAGACCCCCACCACCACGGGGCCAGCUCUCAGUGACAUCUUGAGGAGUGUACAGCGCACCAGGACAGCCAGUGGUCCCCCGACCCGACCCAGCCGCUCCCUAUGGGACCUUAGCCGCCUGUCCCAGCUCUCUGGCUCCAGUGAUGGUGAAAAUGAGUCCAAGAAGUCCUGGGUCUCCAAGGACACCCCAGCCAGGGCCCUGAUGAGGCAGCGGGGUGCUGGAGGUGGGCCCAGAGCUGAGAUGGAUUCCCGGUCACAGCCCUGGGGUAGCCCCCUCCCCUCGAUUCCAGCCCGCCGCCUGCAUUACCUAUCCCCAGCCCAGAGGCGAUUGGGGGACAAUGCUACCACAUCAGACUGGGCCUCUGGCUCAGGCUCUGGACGCAGACGCUGA